ACGCUGAGGUGUUUCCAACACUGGACUUUUGCAAAAUUAAAAACUACAUCCCCGCUGUGGGAUUUUUUAAAAAAUUUUGUAAUAAUUCGCUAGUUUGUUAGUUGCGUUUCGAUUUAUUUCGAGUAAUUACACCUUAAACGCAAAACUUCACCUGACGUUUCUGGCUGGAAACAACGCCUUACAAUGCCAAGUGAAAUAAUUACUCUGCAGCUUGGGCAGUGCGGCAAUCAAAUUGGCUUCGAGUUCUGGAAGAGAUUGUGCCUGGAGCAUGGCAUCUCCCCAAGCGGCGUGCUGGAGGACUUUGCCAACGAUGGCAUGGACCGCAAGGAUGUGUUCUUCUACCAGGCGGACGACGACCACUACAUACCCCGCGCGGUGCUUUUGGACUUGGAGCCGAGGGUGAUCAAUACCAUAAUGGGCUCGGCCUACUCCAAGCUCUACAAUCCGGAAAAUGUGUACCUAUCCAAGCACGGAGGCGGCGCUGGCAACAACUGGGCCUCUGGCUAUGGCCAGGGCGAAAAGCUGCAGGAGGAGGUAUUCGACAUCAUUGACCGUGAGGCCGAUGGCAGCGAUUCCCUGGAGGGCUUCAUACUUUGCCACUCGAUUGCCGGCGGAACGGGCUCGGGAAUGGGCUCCUUCAUCAUGGAGCGCCUGGCAGACCGCUAUCCCAAGAAACUUAUCCAGACAUUCAGUGUGUUCCCCAACCAGGAUGAGAUCAGCGACGUAGUGGUGCAGCCAUACAACUCCAUGCUCACACUGAAACGUUUGACUACCGCUGCGGACAGUGUGGUUGUCCUGGACAACACAGCUCUUAACCGCAUUGCCUGCGAUCGCUUGCACAUUCAGAAUCCGAGCUUUUCGCAGAUCAACAACCUGGUCUCCACCAUAAUGAGCGUCAGCACCACAACGCUGAGGUAUCCCUCCUACAUGAACAACAAUCUCAUUGGGCUGAUGGCUCCUUUGAUCCCGACGCCCCAGCUGCAUUUUCUCAUGACUGGCUACACGCCGCUGACUAGCGAUUCGGAUAUCAAUUCCCAGCAGCCGGUUAAUGUGCGAAAGACGACUGUUCUAGAUGUAAUGCGGCGUCUGUUGCAGCCCAAGAACAUGAUGGUGUCCACUGGUCCCGACAAGUCAAAUCACCACUGCUACAUCUCCAUUCUAAACAUUAUACAGGGCGAGGUGGAUCCCACACAAGUACACAAGUCCCUGCAGCGCAUCCGCGACCGCAAGAUGGCCCAGUUCAUUCCGUGGGGCCCCACCUCUAUCCAGGUAGCCCUAUCGCGCUCUUCGCCCUACGUGCAGAGCAACCAUCGAGUGUCCGGACUGAUGCUGGCCAACCACACCAGCAUCUGCUCGCUGUUCGAACGAGCUCUCAACCAGUAUGACAAGCUUCGCAAACGCGGCGCCUUUCUUGACCAGUUUCGUCGCGAGGACAUCUUUAAGGACGACCUCACUGAGCUGGACGAAUCUCGUGAAACCGUUGACUGCCUGGUGCAAGAGUACGCGGCAGCCACGCGUGAGGAUUACAUGCAGUUUUCAGUGAAGCGGGGAGCUGGAUCAGGUGACUCCAAGUCGGAGGAUAGCCGAUCUGUGACCAGCGGCGGUGCCUAGUUCGUUUGUGCCAGAAGUUAUGCGUGCCAUGCAUCAUCACCAAUGUAUUUUAAAAUGUAAUAUUCUCGAAUGACGUUGGGAUUCGAAAUCCUUAAGUAGUAAUAAGCAUUGUUGGUAAGAGUCGCAUUUAUGUAAA